AUGGACUACCUGAACAAACCCGACUUCGGGCGGGUGCCCGCCUACCUGCAUGAGCGCCGGAUGGAGGCCGAGGCACGGGCAAGGGCAGCUGCUGCUGCUGAGUCGGCCCAGGCCGCUCAGCGACAUCACGAUGCCUCCUCGCGGGUCCUUGAACUGGAUGGCAAGGAGGUCGCCACCCUGCUGCAGCAUGUGACCGCCAAGCGCCAAGUCACCCAGGCCGCCUACAUGCGCCUUCCGUGCGUCGUGGAGACGCCCUCCCUCCUGCGCACCAAGCAGGCACUGGAGGACGAGCUCUCUGCCCUGGAAGCCGACCUGAAGCUGCUCAGCCAAGCGCAACGCAUCCGUGUGGAGUAG